CAUUAAUGAGCUAGGGUGUACCUCAGGGACAGUACAUAACAAGGACUCCAUGAGAGACAUUAUGACUGGACCCUGUGCUUCUUGCUUCUAUCCACAAAACUCAGUGUCUGCAUACCCUGACUUUGACACUGCACUGCCACAGUGAGUAGGAGAAAGUGUGGGUAACACAUGGCAGAACUUGGGGAAAUUUUUCUUUCUUCCUUUAAAAAAAAAAAGGCAGAUGGUGUUUAGAACACAACUUGCCGUAGAACAUAAAAGCAUGAGAGUUCUGGCUGUUUGAAAGAGAAAAAAAAUAAGUUGCUGUUUUUUAAUGGUAAAACUAGUUUCUUCCAGGAGCUUAAAGAAAAAAAAAAAAAAAAAACACUUUGAGAAAUGGGAGUGAACUGCAAGAUAGGGUUUGUGUAACAAGUACCUAAAACCACAGAAGUCACAUGGGCUCUUUCUGCUUUGCUACUUUUGACUGCUUGUCAGCGAAUUAGACUUUUAGCUUCCCCUGUCCCGCAAGGCCACUCAACCAUGUGCGAGCUGGAGUAAUCUUUAUUCACAAUGUCUUUACAAAGGCUCACACAACAGGGUAGCAAUGGCAAUUUGGCGGACUACUGUGCUGGUCCAGUGUUUAGUUCUUACCCCCAGCUCAAGGGCAGCUUGCAAAUGGAUGAUAAUAGACGGAUUCAAAUGCUGGCUGACACUGUGGCUACUUUGCCUCGGGGAAGAAAGCAGCUUGCUUUGACGAGAUCAAGUUCUUUAGGUGACUUUUCCUGGUCUCAAAGAAAGCUCAUUACUGUGGAAAAACAAGAUAAUGGAACAUUUGGAUUUGAAAUUCAGACUUACAGGCUCCAGAACCAGAACUCGUGCUCCUCAGAGAUGUGCACUCUGAUUUGCAAAAUCCAGGAGGACAGCCCGGCACACUAUGCGGGCCUGCAGACUGGUGAUGUCCUUGCAAAUAUCAAUGGCGUGAACACAGAAGGCUUUACCCACAAACAAGUUGUUGACCUGAUCAGAUCUUCGGGAAACCUGCUAACGAUAGAGACUCUUAAUGGAACAAUGAUUCUCAAGAGAGCAGAGCUUGAAGCAAAGCUGCAAGUUUUAAAGCAAACCUUGAAGAAAAAAUGGGUGGAGUUCAGAUCUCUGCAGUUACAGGAACAGCGUCUGCUUCAUGGUGACACAGGUAACUGCCCAAGUUUUGAAAACACGGACAUAGAUGAGUCGGUUUUGUUUGGAAUGCUGCCGGGGUCAGGCUCAACCCUCCUGGAUCGGAAUCGACUAUCCAGUGAGAGCAGCUGUCUGAGCUCCAUGACAGUGGACAGCGAGGACGGCUACCAGACGUGUGUGUCUGAGGAUUCAAGCAAGGGAGGCUUCAGUCGACAGACAAGCACAGAUGAUGAGUGCUUUGUCCCCAAGGAUGGGGACGAUUUCCUGAAGAGGUCUGUUUCCAGGAGGGACCGAAGUUUUAGUUCUGCCAGCAGUGGGUCCAUGUCACCCUUGUGGGAGGGCAACUUCUCAAACAUGUUUGGGACCCUGCCCCGGAAAAACAGAAGGGGAAGUGUCCGGAAACAACUCUUAAAAUUCAUCCCUGGCCUUCACCGUGCAGUGGAAGAGGAAGAGAGUCGCUUUUGAUGGCUUGUCUUGACCUUUCAUAGUAGCUUAUUUCGUAAAUAUCUUUAGACUUGUUUAGACUAAAUGCACUCAGCCUGGUGGAAAAUUGCAGAUGGAUUGCAAAACUGAAACACCAUACUAGGAUGAUGUGACCUUUAUUUAAAUUUUUGUACCAUAAGUUUUGUUUCUUAAAUCUUUUUUUUUUAACCAGAAAAUCUCAGGUUAUAAACAGAAAGCAAGGGAAUUGAGUAAUAAAUUGGAAAAUAUAACAAAUUAAUGGACAUUCCUGCUCAUUCUAAUGUUGCCUGGGAAGGCAAGGGUAAAUAUUUAUUUUCUAGAUUAUGUGGAAAAUUGAGAACUUUUCAGAGUCAAGUGUAAAUAAAAGAGUGAAGGAAUAUAUAAUUAUUUGGAUUACCUUCCAUACGUUCAUUGUAGGUCAUAAAACUUUCUUUAAGAUCAGUAGCCUCCAGGGAGGCUUAACAAUAGGUCAUUUUGAAUGUUUCUGUUUACAUCUGUGAAGGAUCAUAAACCAGAGGAUCAUUAGCUUUUUUUCACAUCCACAGCAACAAUAAAGCAGGAGGUAUAAGAUACAAAAAGAGCAGGAAGUGUAAGAUUCAAUAUGAAGGUUUGGGAUCCAUGGGAACGUGUUGUCUAAGAUGGGUGCUGAGCAGAUUAUGAUAAGGGCUUUUAGAUAGACAGCCUAGACAAAAUGGGUAAGAAUGUCAUUCUUACUCGAUUUAAUUUUUGUUCUGCCUAAACGUUGAUGGGGAGUCUAGAAUUCUCAAGAUCCUGCAUAUAGCUUUGUAUUUUUUUUUUUAAUAAAUGUCUGUAGUUUGAAAAAUUAGAGCCAGGAAAUGGAUUUUCCUCCUGUAGAUUUUUUCACAUUAUUCCUCACCUUAUAUUAUAUAUUCCAAACAGUUAUUGCCUUGGCACGCUUUUGUCCAUUGGUUAUGUUGGUAUCACUUCAGGCUUUCAAUCACAUUUUUAUUCAGGACCCAUUCAAGUCCAUGAUUUCUCUGUUCUGGUGAUACAGCAGCUCGUGACUCCUCUACAUUCUGGCCAUAUUCAUGACUACUCUAUAUUCUAUAGUAGAUAAUGCCAACAAUGUAAUAAAUAGUCCUUAUUGAUUUAAAGCUGUGUGUGUGUGUGUGUGUGCGUGUGUGUGUAUGUGUGUGUGUUUGGGAGAAAUAGAGACAUUUGAUAAGUGACUUUGAAUGUAGCCAUACUUAAAUAAAUUGAGUAAAGAAUGAGUCAUUUUAAGAAAGAAAUGGGAAAGUAAGGAAGCUUGUAGGGUAAGAAAUGAAUAUUAAAUAAAAUAUAAAAAGAUUUCUAAUUGGAACCUACUUUCUAGGGGCGCCUGGGUGGCUCAGUGGGGUAAGCCUCUGCCUUUGGCUCAGGGUCCUGGGAACGAGCCCCACAUCGGGCUCUCUGCUCAGUGGGAAGCCUGCUUCCCCCCUCUCUCUGCCUGCCUCUCUGCCUACUUGUGAUCCAUCUCUCUGUUAAAUAAAUAAAUAAAAUCUUAAAAAAAAAAAAAAAAGACCCUACUUUCUAUUAAUUAUUUGAACUCUGAGUUAUCCAGUGGGCUCAGCUAGGGAAUCAUUCAUAUGAAAAGCAGGGUGCAUUGUUUUGCAGGAAAAAUAACAAUGCUGUCCACAAUUUACUGAAUACCUAGUAAGUUAAAGACGAUUUCCAUGUGAUCCCUGAAACAACUCUGUUAGACAGGUGUUAGCCAUACAGGUAAGAAGGAGGAAUUCAGAGAAGUUCCCAUGGCCAGUGGCAGGACUGAAAUUGAAAGCCAGUUCUUUUGGGCUCUGGUCUAGUCUCAGUCUAUCUAGAUACUGUUUACUCUUUUACUGGUUCUGUGUGGUCAUCUCCACAGGACUUCCUCCCAGCCCCUGCCCCUCAUGGAAUACUUAGAGCAUACAAUUGUAGAUACUGCAUGGAUAAAGAUUGUCUUUGGUAAAUAAGAGAACAAACAGACUUUUAGAAUGACUCUUUCUCUUGGCCUCCACAAGCAAGUUUUCAAAUAAAGGCUCAUUAAUAACUUCAUGGUUAACAAUACAUUUAUGUAUUGCAACAAAGUCUUGCAAGUCCAAGUUGUGGUUGGACUGAUACUGCUUGUUUCCCACUGUAGACUAGAAUUAUCAUGUUAAAGAUCUGCUUCCAUGAAUGCAGCAUAUCUUGUUAAUCCUGUUUUGCCAAAUCCAGGGGAAAGAAAGAAUCUUGUUUAUUUGGGGAAAGAUGACUUUAAAUACUUGCACAACACAUCAGUGUUUUGAGAACUUGCACAAGUCAUCUGGGAAAGCAGAUUAUGGGUUAUUUGCUUUCCUCAUGGUUUUAAGUGUUAAAUAUAGUGUAAUUCUUCCUCCUUACAGUAAAUACCAAACCCGAAAAGGUUCAGGGAAGGGACAGAGCAAAGAACUAGAACUAGAACUAAGAAGAACUAGAGUCAAGAGUUUGAGAUGUUCUGGAAAAAAAAGAAAAGCAGUUUUUAACCAAAGUACAGGAAGGAAGGGUAUGUCAUGCUUUGUGUGUUCACAAGUUAUAAGAAAACUAGCUAUUUUUUAGUGGAAAUGUGGGUAAAUUUCUCACAGCAUAGCUUUUCAGAGUAUCUGACCUUGGCGGGACUUUAGAAGAUUUCAUUUCUCUAAUCUUCUGGUGCACAAUGACUCACUUUGAUGUAACUUACUGGGAAAAGAAUUGAAAAGUGAAGUGUUUGGGUUUUGCUUACCUGAAAUUGUUAAAUAUGUGGUAUUGGUGGAUUUCAUUAAUUGACAAUUGGUCAUGAAAAUGCAUUUUUGUAGUAUGGCAUUGAUAAACUAAAUUCGAAUCAAACAUAUUGAGAAUUACUCUGUCCUGUGGCUAAAGGAACAUCACAUCACCCCCCAUGUCAAACAGGUUGGUACUCUAUUUUUUAAAAUGAUCUUUAAUUUAUCACUUUCCAUUUUAUAGUACUUUUAUAUCUUAGUUGCAUGUAAACAGUGUUAAAAAUCAACUUUGAACUAAAGAAAUCAAACGGGCACAGUUUGUGUGUGUUGAUCAUAUAGUAUAAGUAUUUAUAGAUGUGUAUAAUCUAAGCAUAGUAAAUAAUACAUAAAAACUGUAUUGAACCCUUCAGAUCACAAAAUUAUUGGUACUUUUAAUACAUUUCCUUACAGAAAUAUGGGCAGUGAAAAAUGUCAAUACCUUCCUGAAAUAAAGAAUACUAUUUUUCAGUGUCAGAA